UCUGCUUUACUGACUCCGCCCUGCGGGUUUCCCUGUACCACUGCAGUGAAACCGACGGUAAAAGAGAGAGAGGAGCUGGUCAAAAAAUAAACAAGAACCUGAAAAUCACGAGCACCGUGUUUUGUAAUAGCGAGACCCCCGUUUUAUAUAGUUUUUUUCCCCGUUCACAUCUCCGGGUCAACCUAUUUCGUCAUCCAACCGGCAAGAUGGGAAAUGAGGCAAGUUACCCCCUGGAAAUGUGCUCACAUUUCGAUGCUGAUGAGAUUAAGCGGCUGGGAAAGAGGUUUAAGAAACUGGACCUAGAUAACUCUGGGUCUCUCAGCGUGGAGGAGUUCAUGUCCCUGCCUGAACUCCAGCAGAACCCGCUGGUCCAGAGGGUCAUCGACAUCUUCGACACAGAUGGAAAUGGAGAGGUGGACUUCAAGGAAUUCAUUGAGGGAGUCUCACAGUUCAGUGUCAAGGGGGACAAGGAGUCAAAGCUUCGGUUCGCCUUCCGGAUCUACGACAUGGACAAGGAUGGCUACAUUUCCAACGGGGAGCUCUUCCAGGUGCUGAAGAUGAUGGUUGGAAACAACCUGAAGGACACUCAGCUCCAGCAGAUCGUGGACAAGACCAUCAUCAACGCAGACAAGGACGGAGACGGCAGGAUAUCCUUCGAAGAGUUCUGCUUAGUGGUGGGUGGCCUUGACAUACACAAAAAGAUGGUGGUGGACGUGUGAGCCCGUCCCUCCUCCUCCUCUCUCCCCCUCACUUUCUUCUCCGUCGGUCUCUGAAGAUCUGUUCAAGACGUCUGGCAAACGCUCUAUGUAUUUCAAUGGAAGUAUUCUCUCUCCCCGUGAAGCCACCUUUUUUCUUCUAAACAAGCCACGAGCCUCGCGAAGCCAACUUCGAAGUGUUAUUGAACUCCGAUCCUCUCAAUAACCUGAAGGACAGCUAUUCUCGUUUGUAAGAGCAUCCCAGUUCAAUGGAGGGGGAGGGGGGGAGAAAGCUUGGCUUGUUUAUAUUGAGUUAAUUCUUUUUUGUUGUAAUAUAAUUUUUUAAUAUUUAUUUUCGUUCUGGUCUCUUUUUUUUUUUUAUAGACAAGUUUAUCUAUAAUGUCUCUUUCGCGGGGAAAUGUGUCGUUAGCUGAGGUGUUACGUUAAAUAAUAUACUUGAUUUCAGUUACAAUUCAAAACGUAGAGUGUGAAGUGCCAACCAGGACAUAUCAUACUGUUAUUAUGAACUAUCCACCGUCGCUGUCAGUGAUGGACUGGUCUGCGAUGCGUCAAACGCUCGCUGCACGAUCACUAAUGGUUAGAUGCAAAUUUCAUUUUCAAAAAUAAACAGCAGUUUCUUUUACUCUAUUUGACCCUUGAACAGGUUAUAUUAGAUCAGUUAAACUUCCAAUCAGGUUGGAUUAGUUCAGUUAAGCUUCCAAUCAGGUUGGAUUAGAUCAGUUAAGCUUACGAUCACAUUAAACAUACAAUUUUGUAACAAGAGUGAUAGGAUGUGUUAUUUAUAUGUUUAUAUUGUUGGAGAUUAAUAUUCUAAACGUAGAGAUAGAUGCCAAGAAAGUGAUGUCUUUGCAUACUUAUUUGUAAUUUACUUUAACGACACGUUUUUACGUCGAACCAUAGGACAAAUGCAAAGUAAAUGGGCGGCAGGUAGCCUAGCAGUUAGAGGCGAGCCAGCAACCGGAGGGUUGCCAGUUUGAAUCCCGGGUCUGACGGGAAAAAUCUGGGGGGAAGUGAGCUGGCAACCGGAGGGUUGCUGCUGGUAUCAAAUCCUAGAAGCCAUCACCUGCCAUUGUACCCUUGAGCAAGUCCCUUAACCCCCCACAGCAACUGCUCCACGGGUGCCGUAGUAUGGCAGUCCUCUGCUCCAACCUCUGUGUGUGUGUGUGUGUGUGUGUGUGUGUGUGUGUGUGUGUGUGUGUGUGUGUGUGUGUGUGUGUGUGUGUGUGUGUGUGUGUCUUUUGGAGAGUUGGGAUAUAGUCAAAUGUUCAGUUGCACCUUGUGUAAAAUUGGAUGAAUAAAGGGAUCUUGUAUAGCUUAAUCACUCAAGUUGAAAAAUCUCUUAAACAUGGAGCAUCUAUGUAUUUGUAUUUUAUUACAUUUUGAACUGAAGUGAGGAAUAUCCUAAGAUCGAGAUGAGAAAGAUUAUGAAUGUCAGUGAGUUAUUGAGAGAAUAUUUAACGUUAUGGGCAUCUUAUUGAGACAACUGCAAACAGCGUAGUUAUUGUAUAUUAGGUCAAUGUUUGAUCAUCUUCUUAGCCAAGAGAGGCUGCAGCAGCUCGAUGUCGAAGCCCUCCUGAAUAGUGCAGCUACAGUACAGGGUUCUUUCUAACGCAACAACGGAGUUACUCGUAACUUUUGAUAUGAUCAACGGGAUACUGUACAUUUGAGAGUUGUGUGUACAUUAAGUUCUUAAUCUUCACCACGUUCUAUCACGAUCACCUCAUGGGUCCCUUGUCCCGCCCAGUGGUAUUUCACAGAAGGGAGAUUGACACCAGCUUAACCAAACCACCCCAUGAAAAUAACUGUAACAAAAUGGCGUCGGGGUGCAUUUUUAAUGACUCGAUAGCUGGUUUGGAAACCGACGUUUUUAAGUGAGACAUUGAGUUGGGAGUCAUUGGGUGAGUCUCAAAUGGCACCCUAUUCUCGAUUUUAUAGUGCACUACUUUUAACCAGGGCCCAUAGAUCUGGUCAAAAUGAGUGCAUCAUAUAGGGAGCCAUUUGGGAUGGAUCCCGUUUCCCUUCAUAGAGCACUGGAGAAGUGGCUUUGCUUGCGCCUCCCCUGUGCUUGCAUGAUGAUUUUCAUUGUGCCAUGUAGAUGAACCCAUUUAAAUAAUCCUCAUUAACACAUGAAUGGUGAGGUCAGUAAUAAUGCUAUUUGAUAAUCCACUGGGAUACAAUAUGGAUGUUGCCAAACUUUGGUAAAUGUACACAUUAUGAGAAGUAAUCCAAACAAACUGAACUACGUAAACUUUUUUUGUAUUCCCCCCCUCCCGCCCCACCGGAUCAGCAAAAUGCUUCUAUUCCAGUAAAAGGUGCAUAUCUGGUCCCAAGUCAACUGCCACGCAUUGUACUCCGCUUUCAAUGGGGAAAUGAUGUUUCUUGUUUUGUAUAGAAGCUUUCUAUUCCAUCUGUAUAGUUCAGACUGCUACUUUCUUUUCUUUUCUUUGAAGGAGACUCAGUGCUUUUUUAGUUUGUGUGGAAACUGAAAUGGUUAAGUUGGACAAAUAGUUAUUUUCCCCCUUUUCUCUGCAUGCUGCAUCUGAUGCCAUGGGCCUGUUGGAAACUUGAUACUGUAUGAAAAUAAAAAAAUAAAAUAGACUUUGAAACAUUUUAA